AUGCUGCUGGACGAGGACUUCACCACGGUGGACGCGGAUCUCAUCUUCGCCAAGGUGAAGGGCAGGGGGAGUCGGAAGAUUGACUUUGGGACCUUCAAGAAGGCCUUGAGCGAGGUGGCGAAGAAGUGGAACAACAUGACCCAGGAGCAGGUGGAGGACAUCAUUUGCUUGGCGGCCGGUCCCCACUAUGAGACCUCCCAGGUGGACCCCGUGGCGGACGAGGCCCAUGGCCCGGCCAGGUUCUACUACGACAUGACUCUCUACACAGGCACUCACAAGUACGGGGGGCCCUCGAUGCACGGCAACGGCAUCGUGGACGGCGCGCCGUCGAACUUCCAGGAGCACGUGAACCGCGACCGCGAGGGCGAGGUGGCCGCCACCGCGGAGCGGCGCCGCCGCGCGCUGGCCGAGGCGGAGGAGAAUCAGCGCCUGGGCAAGAGCCGCUCUCCCGGCCCGCACCGUCGGGAGAGCAGAGCCCAGGUUCGGAGGCCCGUGUCGAGCCUCAAGGGCCCGGAGAGGUUCUUCUACGACAAGAACAGCUACACAGGUACCCACAAGCACGGUGGGCCUUCGGUGACGGGCAACGGCUUGCCCAAGCAGGGCUACGAGGAUCUUAGCGAGCUGGUUCGACGUGACCACGUGCAGGAUGAUGAGCUCCACCGGCACCGCCGGACCCAGGAGGAGCCGAUUGAGGAGGAGCGGCCAGACUAUGCGCCCAGGACGGAGUACGCGCCGAGGGCGGAGUACGUGCCGCCCAGGCCAGAGGACCUCCCGAUGCUCCUGGGCUCACCGCGGCGGCGCCGUCAGCAAGUGGAGGUGAAGGCUGCGAGCCCCAAGUAUACUGAGUACAAGGAGACGCCUUGGGUGAUGCCUGCGUCCCCUCCGGUGGCCCACAAGGUCAUGCGCACCGAGAGCGGCACCAUGACCAGCCUGGGCGGCAGCCUGGGCGGCACGUGGAUGCCCGCGAAGAUCCAGACGCAGCCCGUGAUGAGCCCGGUGCUGUCCCCUCAGGUGCAGCACCGCCCGAUUACGGUGCCCAGGACGGUCCAGAGCCCCGUGAGCCCUUCCUGGUACACCCAGCCCUUUGUGCAGCAGGCGCCGGUGAUGUGGCCGACCGCCAUGCGGUGA